AGAAUUCUGCCGCAUCGACGAGCCCGUGUGUCACAGCGAGGACGAGCAGCUCAGCUUUGAAGCCGUCCGCAGCAUCCACAAGCAGAUGGACGACGACGCCAACGGCAACGUGGACGUGGAGGAGAGUGAUGAGUUCCUCAGGGAAGAUUUGAAUUACCAUGACCCUACGCUCCAGCACAGCACUUUCCACGGGGAGGAUAACCUCAUUAGCGUUGAAGAUCUCUGGAAGGCGUGGAAGUCCUCUGAAGUGUACAACUGGACGACCGAGGAGGUGGUGCAGUGGCUGAUCACCUACGUGGAGCUGCCACAAUACGAAGAAACCUUCCGCAAACUUCUGCUCACUGGUCAUGCCAUGCCGAGGUUGGCCAUAAACAACGCCACCAUGACAGGAACCGUCCUGAAGAUGACCGACCGGAGCCACAGGCAGAAGCUGCAGCUGAAAGCCCUGGACACGGUGCUCUUUGGGCCACCUCUUUCGACCCGUCACAACCACUUGAAAGACUUCAUGCUGGUGGUGUCAAUUGUGAUCGGCGUGGGGGGCUGCUGGUUUGCCUACAUCCAGAAUCGCUACUCCAAGGAGCACAUGAAGAAGAUGAUGAAGGACCUCGAGGGGCUGCACCGGGCAGAGCAGAGCCUGCAUGACCUCCAGGAAAGGCUCCAGAAGGCCCAGGAAGAGCACCGCACGGUGGAGGUGGAGAAGGUCUCUCUGGAGAAGCGGCUGCAGGACGAGAUCAGCGUGGCCAAGCAAGAGGCCCAUCGGCUGCGGGAGCUGCGGGAGGGGACGGAGAACGAGCUCAGCAGGCAGAAGUACGCCGAGCAAGAGCUGGAGCAGGUGCGCAUGGCGCUUCAGAAGAGCUUGUGAGGAGAAAAGGAGGCUGGAGUCGCAGCACAGCAGCCUGAGUGCGGCCCCUGAGGCUCUGGCAGAAGUGGCUGCAGCCCUGACCCACGAGGUAGAGAGUGCGAAAGUACUACAACGUCCCAAGAAGC